AUGUCAAGUAGUAAGAUUGAGCAUGCUCGAUUGGCAGAUGAACGGGUUUUUACUCCAGAGCUCGCCACUUCGAUGACCGAGAAAGUGCUGACUGUGCUGAUGAACAAGAGUCAAACGGAAGAAAUUGAAGACGAUAGAUACGUUAAUGUGGUUUCGAGGACGCAGUCGCGGUUUGCGUCACCUCUCAGUCCCAACCAGAUCGUUUCGCUGGAAAUACAUCCGUCGGGCAAGUCGUUGGCUUACAGCAGAGCUGACGGCUCUUUGACCGUUUGGGUUAUGACCGGUCCGACGUUUGCUCGAUCCAGGAAGCUGUACGUUGCAAAUGCUGUUGGGCGUGACAAGAGCGUCUCUUGUCUCUCCUGGGAUAGCACCGAGAUGAACCAGCUAGCGACGGUUUGCAACGGUUCUGAGGUGCUCGUUUGGGCUGUCGACGAGAAAAAAAGGACAAUGUCAAAGGUGAGGACCAUAUCGGUGGGUGCCAAGCUGAAGCUGCACACCUGUGCGUACGAUCCGACUGGCAGGUGGCUUCUUGCGCUGGCGAAAUCCGAGGAGCUAUACUUGUUUGAUGCCAGAAAGGACCACGAACUGCACACAGUUUCUGAUUUGAAACAACUAAUAGCCGGUGACUCGGUACACUGUCUUGCGUGGAACAACACCGGGUCGCAUCUUUUCCUAGGUCUCAAGAGUGGGAAACUGGCCUUGCUCGAGUUUGACGCGUCGAACGGAUUCAAGCUCUGCAUGUCCGUGGAUGCGCAUCGGGGACUUGUCUCCUCCAUAGCUGUAGAUCCAUGGGGCAGGUUCGUUGUCACUGGUGGGUCCGAUGGGAUUUGUGUUGUUUGGGACAUCUCGUCGAUGUGUUGUUCUGUGGUGAUCGAUGGCUUGGACUCUCCGAUCGCUUCAUUGAGUAUAGAUCAUUUGGGAAAGUGCGUGGCUCUGUGUACUGAAAAAGGUGAUCUGCGAUUCUACGAUUUACAUUCGGGCAAAUGUUUACUCCGCCAAAAGAUGGGAGCCAGUGGCUCCGAUUUAGUUGCUCGCUUUUAUCCUGACCGCACUUGGUUAAUUAUUCCUUCAAAAUGGGACAUCCUGGAAAGGCAUUUCACUCCCAGCACUUAUAAUGAUGCGUUAGGUCUAUGGAAAGCCGGGCACGAAAAGCCCAAAAUUGAUCUACGCAACCGAAACGUAACGAGGAAAUCACUUAAAAGAAGCCGUGAGAACGACAAGAAUGAUAGAGGCCGUGCGGGCAAACGUGAGAGCUCUAGGGGUGGCAGAUUUUCGGAAAGACGUUGA